AUGGGAUAAAGGUCUUGAAAAUUUUGAAUAUAAGGCCUCUCAUUUACACUUGUUGAAAACAGAACAAGCAAGAAAACAAGAGAGGCUCAUGGCUUCUUCAAUCUCUAUGAAUAUUCUAUUUUCAUUCAUAUUACUAUUUUCAGCUUCAUGUGUUGUUUCAUAUACAAUUCAAGAUCAAUUCUACCAAUGUAUUACACUCCAUUCGGAUCGUUCGAUCCCUUUCUCCACAGCUUUCUUCACUCCUACUUCCAAUGCUACUUCAUUCAACUCUGUCCUUAAAUCCACUGCCCAAAAUCUAAGGUGUUUGACACCUUCUCAACAAAAACCUCUGCUUAUUUUCACUGCUUUGAUUGAAUCCCAUGUCCAAGCAGCAGUUAUUUGCGCGAAAGAGCUAAAAGUUCAGCUUAGAGUUAGGAGUGGAGGUCAUGAUUAUGAAGGCAUAUCUUACACAUCAGAGAUGAAAAGAUCAGUGUCCUUUAUCUUGCUUGACUUAGCUAAACUUCGUGCGAUUAAAGUGGACAUUGAGGACAACAGUGCAUGGGUUCAAGCUGGUGCGACGAUUGGUGAAGUGUACUAUAGGAUUGCAGAAAAAAGCAAGACACAUGGUUACCCUGCUGGCCUAUGCACCAGCUUAGGAAUUGGUGGUCAUAUCACUGGAGGAGCUUAUGGUCCUAUGAUGAGGAAAUAUGGUCUUGGAGCAGACAAUGCUGUCGAUGCUCGGAUUGUUGAUGCCAGUGGCAGAGUUCUUGACAGGGCCUUAAUGGGAGAAGACUUAUUUUGGGCAAUCAGAGGGGGUGGAGGAGGCAGUUUUGGCAUAAUCUUGGCUUGGAAAGUUAGACUUGUUCCUGUUCCAUCAACUGUGACAGUUUUCACAGUUCCAAAGACACUGGAAACUGGUGCAACAAAAGUCUUAAACAAAUGGCAACAUGUUGCACACAAGAUUGAUGAAGAUCUCUUCAUCAGAAUCCUCAUAACUACAGUCAAUUCAACAAAAGGGAAGAAAACAGUGCAAACAGCUUACCAAGCCUUGUUUCUUGGAAAAACUGAUAGGCUUCUUGAUGUGAUGAAUCAUAGCUUUCCUGAAUUGGGAUUGACACGAAAGGAUUGUGUCGAAAUGAGCUGGAUUCAAUCAGUCAUUUAUAUUGCUGGUUAUCCAAGUAACAUUAAACCUGAGUUCCUACUUCAAGGGAAGUCAUUAUUCCCAACAGUAAACUUCAAGGCUAAAUCGGAUUUUCUCCGUGUACCAGUUCCAGUAACUGGACUUCAAGGGAUGUGGGAGAAGUUUUUACAAGAUGAUUCACCUAUGAUGAUAUGGAAUCCCUAUGGAGGAAUGAUGGGGAAGAUAUCAGAAUCUUCAAUUCCAUUCCCACACAGAAAAGGGGUUAUCUGCAAGAUACAGUACUUAACAUCCUGGACAGAUGGAGAUAAGAAAACUGCAGAUAAACAUAUCAACUGGAUCAGAGGACUUUAUGAGUACAUGGGCACUUUUGUAUCCAAAUUCCCUAGAGAAGCUUAUGUGAAUUAUAGAGAUCUUGAUUUGGGCAUGAACAAAAAUGCCAACUCAAAUUUCUUGGAAGCUAGUGUCUGGGGGAAAAAGUACUACAAGAACAAUUAUGACAGGCUUGUGCUUGUCAAGACUGAGGUUGAUCCUGAUAACUUCUUCUGGCAUGAACAGAGUCUACCAAUCCUUCCAUUCAAAGUUGGUCAAGAUGGGAAAAGUUUGAUUCACUAAAGAACUGCUUUUGGCUUGAUGGUAUAUUGUAAUAUUUAAGGAAAAAAGUAAAAAUAAGUUUUAAGUUUUGCUUUUCAUUUGGUUUCAUAACCUGUAAUGUAUUGUAGCAGAAGUUUGUAUUGAUAUGAAAUGUGAAACAAAUUUGAGGA